AUGGCGGACAAAUCGGCGUACAUGUCGGCAGGAGGAUACAGCUCCGGAUAUAUGGGAUCGAACGCUUCCUCUUCUGGAUACGCUCGUGAGGACUACGCAUCUGGAGGAUCUGGUGGAGGAGCAUCGAACAACCAAGGAUCGGGAGGAAACACCAAUCCAGGAGCACAAGUCUUCAAGGCUCGCACCGAUCAAUCGUGCUACUUGGGACCAUGA